AUGCAUGGGGUCAGGUGCCUCUUGAAGGACUCCCUCUCGAUAGAGGCCUUCGUCAAGGCGAUGGUGAAGACAGCAGCCUCCAAAAUGUAUGGGAAUGCUGUAUUCUUCCUAAAAUCGGAGGCCGCCAUGAACACGGCUAUCAAGAAGGGUCUUACCGCCCUGGGGGAGCUAAAGACAGCAAUCCACCCCACUCCCCUGGGCUGCAAGGACCAGCCCCUCCGCCACAUGCUGUCCUUCCACCUGGCGGGUCAGGAAGCGGUUGAGGGCAGUUCUGUGGUCCCCUUCACUGCUAUCACCGCAGGGAGCUGGGGCACCAGAAAAAGAGCUGCCACAAGCUCAAGCAGAGCGCCACAACAUCCGCGGAAAGCACCGCGCCCUUCUGAGUCCACUUCACCCCCAGGGGCCUCAAAGAAGCCCAUAGAAGGGGGUAAAAAAAAGUACCCGCCCCCCUCCCAACAACAUCCGAGGGAGCGAAGGGAGAGGAGGUCCCCGAGGCAGCCGGACUCUCUGCGCCACCCGAAAAAACACAAGAGGCCCCAGAAGCCUACCACCGAGGGGUCGGUCACAGCGGAGGUCGCUGAGGGAGCACAGGAGGGGAACCCAAAAGAGUACCUGCCUCAGGCUUCCCUCCCCGGUGAGGACAGGGAGACAGAACAAGAUCCUGAGGCAGGUGUGGGUUCCGCCAACAACGUGGAGCCCAUGCAAGCGACCCCCGCUGAGGGGCUGGAGGGAGGGGAAGAACCUGAGAGCACACAAGGUAGUGCUCUCGGGGGAGAUCCCCUCCCCCUGGAACAAAUAGACCAGACAACCGGUCCCCAGGCCACUGAGGGUCCGGUUACAGUUGCAGUCACUGAGGGGGCACAGGAGGGGCCCCCGAAAGAACAACCGCCUCAGGUUGACCCCUCUGCUGGCGACAAGGGUCCUGGCCCUGGUGCUGCCACUGGGGGGGAAACAGCACCAUCUUCUGAGGUGGUCCCGGGCUCCACAGAGAUGGUGGAAAAGUCCAAGGGGGUGAAUACUUUUGACAGCCACUGUAAUAUAAAGGAAAGCUGCAAGACAGGCAGUUUGCAGUUCACACAUGUAAGAGCAUUUGCAGGAGAAGACUUUGAGGAGAGUUUCAGGUGCUUCUGGUUCCCCGUCCAGUGA